AUGAUUAUCACCUUACGUCCGCUGCCGUUUCUCACGACAAGUCAGAUCCUGACUUCCGCUCAACAGAGACUCAAUCUCUCAUCGGCGACGCGAUUGCUCUUCACAUCGCUCUCCUCAUCUGAUGUUUCCCUCCCACGAACGAUCAGCAUCUCAACGGCACCCCAACUCUCUCCUUUCACUGGCUAUGACUCCCAAGAACGCCCUUAG